AUGGCUCCAUUUGAGGCUUUGUAUGGGAGGCCAUGUAGGACACCCCUAUGCUGGACCCAAGUGGGGGAGCGCAGCAUGUAUGGAGCUACUUAUGUUCAGGAGACGACAGAGAAGGUCCGUGUUGUGAGGCUGAACAUGAAGGAGGCUCAGGACAGGCAGAAGAGUUAUGCAGAUAGACGCAGACGAGAGCUUGAGUUUCAGGUGGGAGAUAGAGUUUAUCUCAAGAUGGCUAUGUUGAGGGGUCCUAACAGAUCCAUAGCAGAGAACAAGCUGAGUCCGCGUUUUAUGGGGCCGUUUCCAGUAGUGGAACGAGUUGGGCCAUUGGCGUACAGGCUGGAGUUGCCUGAGAUUAUGAGAGCCUUUCACAAGGUUUUUCAUGUGUCGAUGCUGAGGAAGUGUCUUCACCCUACAGAGGAGUUAGUGGCUAGGAUUCCAGAGGAUCUUCAGCCAGAUUUGACAGUGCCGGCAGUGCCUGUGAGGAUUUUAGAGAGGAGGGAAAAGGUUCUGAGGAACAAGAGGAUUCCCUUACUGAGGAUUUUGUGGGAUUGCAGUGGUUCUACAGAGGAGACUUGGGAGCCAGAGGCAAAGAUGAAGUUGAAGUUCAGGAAGUGGUUCGACAAGCAGGUCGAGGAGUGA